UCUCUCUCAAUCUCUCUCGUGCUUCGGCCGUUCUUCGCUCCCUCACUCCAUUCAUGGACGAAGACGAUGAGUUCGGAGAUCUCUACUCCGACGUUCUCCCCCCCUUCCAACCUCCUCUCCGUUCAAUCGACCUCAACCUCCGAUCGCACGAACAAGAUGCCGCCGCCUCGGUGGCGGAACCUAAUCCAACCUCCGUCUCUAGGGUUUCCGACGCAACCGCCUCCAAACCAUCCACCACUCCCUCCCACGGCGCAAUCGGCGACGACGACAAGGACAUGAUGGACUUCGACAUCGAAGAGCCCGACGAUUCCACGCCUGCGAUUCCAGGUUUGGCUUCAGAUCAAGGUACGGCGUUGAUCGAGCAGGUCGGCGAUGGUGGAGCCUACGGAGAUGAUUGGGAUAGCAGCGACAGUGAAGACGAUCUGCAGAUAGUGUUGAACGACAACAACAACAACGCCGUCAUGAUGAUGGGAGCUGAGAGAAGAGCAAGGAUGGGAGACGAUGAUGAUGAUGAAGAUGAAGAUGAAGAGCCGCUUGUUAUAGUGACAGACGCGGAUCAGAAUCAACCUAUGGAGGAGCAGCAGCUCUGGGGAGGAGAAGAAGCUGUGGAAGGAGAUGGCAAAGAGGGAGGAGAAGCUGUGAAGGGGAGUGCUACUGGACAGGCUAAAGCUGGGUAUAAUAGCAGUCAUGGGUAUCAUCAUCCGUUUCAUUCUCAGUUUAAGUAUGUAAGACCUGGGGCACCCCCUAUUCCUGCAUCUGCUGGUGUGACCUCCUCAGGCCAAGUUCGUCCACCCACCAACAUUGCUCCUAUGGCUGGUCGUGGCAGAGGAGAUUGGCGUCCGAUGGGAAUGAGGAAUGCUUCUGCUGCACAGAAAGGCUACCACCAGACUUGGGGUGGUGGUAAUACAGCAGGGCGGGGACUCGACUUUACUCUUCCUUCUCACAAGACUAUAUUUGAGUUCGACAUAGACGCUUUUGAGGAAAAGCCCUGGAGAUAUCAAGGAGUUGAUAUCACAGACUACUUCAACUUUGGGCUGAAUGAGGAGAGCUGGAAAGACUAUUGCAAACAACUGGAUCAACACCGUAUAGAGACUACUAUGCAAAGCCGAAUACGUGUUUAUGAAAGUGGCAGAACAGAUAAGGGUUAUGACCCAGAUCUGCCCCCGGAGUUAGCUGCAGCAACAGGAGCACAAGGUGUUCCUGUUGCUUCCUCAAAUUUAGUGAAGCCUGACAAUGAUCAAGGUGACUCAGCUAAUAUUCGACCUCCACUGCCCCCUGGAAGACCCAUACCUGUGGAGACUGGUUCUGGUGAGCGUCCGUCAUCCAUUGAUACACGUGCUCCUCGAAUGCGUGAUCUAGAAGCUAUCAUUGAGAUUGUAUGUGAGGAUUCUCAUGAGGAUGAGCCCUCGGGUGAAAAUGGCGCAGAAGAUAGUAGCCUUCCUGGAGAUAAUGCUCCAGUUGAGACUGGGUAUGUUAACAGCGGGAGACCAGACACGGAAUCUGCUAAACUAAGUCCUGCCCAGGUUGAGCCACUCAAAAGGCUUCCCAAAAAGCAAGACGAUGAAAUCUCUAGAAGCACGUAUAGUGGCCAGAGUUUUCGUUCAUCAUCUCCUGAUGGAGACAGAGGCACAAAGUCAUCAAGUGUUGAUCAUGAAGAUGUGGGAGGUGAAGCUGGCAAAGAUACUGAGAUGGAGGAGGAGCACAAAAUGAGUUCUGCAGUUGAAGAAGAUGAUGGAGGGGAAUCAAAGACGGAGAGAAGCAGUGAAAGCAGCAAAGCAAGAUCUGGAAGUCACAGAGAUCAUCAGCAGUUGAAGGAUAGUGCGGAAGAGGAAGUUAUUCAAGAUAAGAAGCAUUUUACUCGACCAUCUAGCACUAAGAAACAUCACGUUAACAGUGCACCGCAUCAGAGCAAAAAGUAUCAGCACAGAGGGAAAGAAAUGGAAAGAACUCGAGCGGGGAGCAAAGGUGGUAGUGAGUACGCAAAUCCUCAUAUUGAAGCUGAUUCUCGGUAUAUUUACUCAAUGGCAAGUGGCGAGGAUUUUGAUAGAACGAGAGAGCGAGAUGUUGAUGGGGGAGUCUGGCGCAGGAAAGAGGAUGACACAUUCAGUAGAAGAGGUGGUGAUGAAGGGUCUAGAAAAAGGGCUCGUGGAGAUGAUCUGGGCUCUAGGCAGAGCAGUGACCAUGUUUCUUCGAGAAAUCAUGUGGAUGAUGGUGGUUUAAGAAAUAAUUACGAACUGUAUGAUCACAUUGGCAAGAGGAGGAAGGAGGAAGAAUACUUAAGAAGAAACCGCUUUGAAAAGAAUGAAAACUCAUAUGGUCAAAGAGAAUCAAUCAGCAGCCUGAAACGAGAUCGUGGUGAUAGGUUGGACCAUCAAAAGAGAGACGUCCAACAUAAAAUCAGAGAUAAUAUCGACGACCACGCUUCUCUUAGGCACAGAGAUGAUUUAUACAUGCAGCAGGGAGAUGGUCAUGAGAGGUUGAGAGAGCGUGAAGAUUUGGAUAAACUAAAACUAACUCACGAGGAUGGUUUAUCAGCACGAGGACGAGAGAGGCAGGUGGCUUCAAGGGGUCGUAGAGGUUCAGAAGACCGAUCAUCAUCGAGGAUGAAGGAAGAGUAUAAAGCUUCUGACAAAGAGCAUCUAACCAAGGAUACAACAAGGCAGACUAAACAGACGAAGAGAAAGGAACAUUCUGGUGAAGAAAGUUCUUCCUAUCACAGAGGACACGAAGACUUCUCUGCACGCACAGAUGACAUUGUUAACAAUGAGAAAAGACCAAGGCUGGAGAGGACAAGUGUUAAAAGUGACCAGGUUAUAGAUGCUUUGGAUGGCCAGCGAUUGCAAGACAGAAAACAUAAAGAUUCCAGACGAAAGAUUAAAGAACAAAGAGAAGGCACAGAUUCAUUGAGGAACAAGCAAGGAGAACAAAAUGGCAAUUCCAAAGUGACAGGCUUAAAGGGAACCAACGAAGCAAGAAAUCACAGGAAUGAGAUCCCACAGCAGCACAACGCCACCAACAGGCACAAGGAAAACGUUUCAUCUGGUGAUGAGCUACAAGAUUCAAAGAGAGGACGGUCGAAAUUUGAGCGUUGGGGAAGCCACAAAGAGAGAGAUGAUGCUGUCACUGCCAAGGGAUCUUUAUCCACUUCUUCGAAAGUUCAAGAGAAGGGAAAAGGCAUUAACGGUCGAGCUAGCGAACCUAAUCUUGGCUCUAUUGGCAAGAACAGGAAUGUAACUGAAGAGAGAAGUGGCCAUGACCUUGCGGAGACCAAAGAUGGAAGCGAGAAGGGACAACCAGGAGACCGGCACUUGGACACGGUUGAGAAACUCAAGAAACGCAGUGAACGGUUUAAACUUCCAAUGCCCACGGAGAAAGACAACAACGCAGGAGUAAAGAAAAUGGAGUCUGAGAGGCUGCCCUCUGCAAAAACUGAAGGCCCUGCGGAUUCAGAGGUGAAAGCAGAGCGGCCGCCGAGGAAAAGAAGGUGGACAAGUAGCUGAGAGUCAUAAACUGGAGUGGAAAUAAAAAGCUGAGGAACUGGCUCUCUUUAGUUUUAAACGUAUGACAUGAGAUUCUCUCAUCCCACGGAGCAGUAGUGGCGGUAUCCAGAUGGAGGAUCAACUAGGAGAUUAGGAAGUGUGUUUGGGAGGAGCUAUGUUGUGUAAGAAUGGAGGGAAUACGCAUAAGGAUUUACUCUUUGACAGAACACUUUUGUAGUAGUUGAUGUAACUUUUGUGAAAGAUUAUUGGUCUCUUUUAGUUUUGUUCUCAGACCAAGUGCCUCGAGAGAGAGCAAGAAUAUUUUUAAAAUACUAGAUAUAUAUAUAUAUAUACUGUAUUAACUUAGUUA